AUGAGAAGCAUACUCUCCGUCCUCUCCGUCCUCUCAAUCGCCACUGGCGUUCUGUCUCAUGGCUCAAAACCACACCGCGAUGAGCAUAAGCCCACCGGCGAUUGGGCUACUGACCACAUGAUCGCCGAACAUCACUUCGACAACUUCGACCCCGCCUCCUUCUUCCACCUUCACGACUUCGACCAAUCCCACACCUGGACACACGACGAAAUCCUUCGCACCUACGGCAUAAACCCUCACACUGGCAAACUCUACGAUGACACCGGCCACGAAGGCAAAGAAGUCCCCUACGAAGAACGCGAAAGAAUCGUCUCCGAAGUCCUAAAACUAAUGGACUUGGAUUCGGACCAUGCGAUUACAAAGGAAGAGUUCGAAGCUGCUAUACAAGAUGGGAAAAGAUUACCGGAUUUCAAGUUAGGAACCGGUCAUCAUGGUGAUGAUGAAUAUGAAUAUGAAAUUCAUCACUUUGAGAAGUAUCAUGGUGAUGGGGAUGUUAGAGAGGAGGAUUUGAAUCAUCCUGAGGAUAUUGCGCAUUUCAAAAAGCACGAAGAAGACGAGAAAGAAGCAGAACGCUGGGCCAAAGAAGCCGCCCUAAAAAUAAUCGAAAAGAACAUCCCCACCAAAUUCAGAGUCCAGCGCGCCGGUAAUGCCGCAGAUAAUCACCACUAG